UCGGCAGAGCUGUCAAAUCAGAGCGCUGCAGCCGCAUCGGGUGGGGUGCUUGGAGUGUCGCCGUCGGACUUAUAUCUCGUGUUCAGUGAAAAUUUCCAAAUCGUCUUGUUCUUUUCGGAUUUCCGUGGCAAAACGGUCGUGCAUGUCAGUUCCGUCAAUUAACAUCCAAGCGAAACAUUUGGCUGAAUCGAACGCGGCUUUGUGCGACGCUCGGCUGUCCUGACCCGUGGAGAUCGUCUCGGGCUGCGUGAGAAAUCCGCUCUGCAUUCGGGCGCGGGUGAAAAAUCGAUUUUCGUGAAUCCAAGUGUGUCCGGAUUUGAAGCUGAGUGGAGAAGCCCGCGUGCAUCGCUAGGCCGGGGGUCAGUCGAUCCGAAAAUCUUGCCGCUUCGCUAAACAUUCCAUGAAGCUGUGUUGGAACCUGCACCGUCGCUGGGGUCUCUGAUGAUAAUUCAAAUAUCCCAUCAUACUUUUCACUUUACACGAUGAUGCAGUGAAUUGAAGGAAUAAUCGAAAUUUCAACCACCACCCAAAGUCACUUCAAUGUCGAUUCUCAGCACUUCUUUCCUGGACUUGUGAUUUAACCACGUAGCGAAUUUGAAGACAUAGCGCUAGGCAAAAGCAAGGAUAACAAACAAACAAAUCUCACAAUAUCUGAAUAGAGCGACUAGCACCCAACAGUUCAUAUCAUCAAACUCUUGAGCAACCGCCACCUCUCAUAGCAUCCGACAAGAAAAAAAUGAAUUCAACAUUAAAGCAUCUUUUGCAUUGCGCUCUCUUACUAUUUGUGAUAAUCACUUUUGAAGUAUUUUCUGGUGGUAUCAAAAUCAACGAGGAUUCAUUCGUCAUUGUUGAUCCUUGGACUGAAUACGGCCAGUUACCAACAAUUUUCCUGUACUUACUAAGGCUAUUGACAUUCUUAACGCUACCACAAGUCUUAUUCAAUUUUUGCGGCUUAGUAUUUUACAAUGCCUUUCCGGAAAAGGUUGUUCUCAAGGGCAGUCCACUUUUGGCUCCGUUCAUUUGUAUUCGCGUAGUAACGCGCGGUGAUUAUCCUAAUCUCGUUAAAUCGAAUGUCCUGCGUAAUAUGAACACGUGUCUGGAUACUGGGCUAGAAAAUUUCUUAAUUGAAGUAGUGACCGACAAGCCGGUGAAUCUGACUAAACAUCGGCGCAUCCGAGAAGUUGUAGUCCCGAAAAACUACAAAACUAAGACCGGGGCCUUGUUCAAAUCACGUGCUCUACAGUAUUGCCUAGAAGAUAACGUGAACGUAUUGAAUGAUAGUGAUUGGAUAGUACAUUUGGAUGAGGAGACGUUGCUCACGGAGAACUCUGUUCGUGGAGUCAUAAACUUCGUGUUAGACGGAAAGCAUCCUUUCGGACAAGGAUUAAUCACGUAUGCUAAUGAGAAUGUUGUUAAUUGGCUAACAACGCUGGCGGAUAGCUUUCGGGUCAGUGAUGACAUGGGAAAGUUGCGACUGCAGUUCAAAUUGUUUCAUAAGCCAUUGUUCAGUUGGAAAGGCAGCUAUGUCGUGACCCAGAGCGGCGCCGAGAAAGCAGUUUCAUUCGACAAUGGUUUAGAUGGCUCGGUGGCGGAGGAUUGUUUUUUCGCAAUGCGAGCCUUCAGUCAAGGAUACACAUUCAAUUUCAUCGAAGGCGAAAUGUAUGAGAAAUCACCAUUUACCCUGCUCGACUUCUUGCAGCAGCGUAAACGUUGGCUCCAAGGCAUCCUGUUGGUCGUCCACUCAAAAUUGAUUCCUGUUAAGCACAAACUAUUGCUAGGCAUAAGUGUUUAUUCUUGGGUAACGAUGCCCCUGUCUACUUCAAAUAUAAUUUUUGCCGGUCUGUAUCCGAUUCCCUGUCCAAAUCUUAUGGAUUUUGUAUGCGCCUUUAUCGGUGCCGUGAAUAUUUACAUGUAUGUAUUUGGUGUAAUUAAGUCGUUUUCUUUGUAUCGAUGCGGAUUCAUUAAGUUUAUAGCGUGUGUACUUGGUGCAGUAUGUACGAUACCAAUUAAUGUGGUUAUCGAAAAUUGUGCUGUUAUCUGGGGAUUAGUUGGUAAAAAACAUAAAUUUUAUGUUGUACAAAAAGACAUUGGUACCCUGGAAACUGUUUGAAGCGAACGUUUACUAUUUAUAAAGAUUAAUCGUUGUAAUGAUCUUAAUUAUGCAUCCCAGUUAUAUCUAGGGUGAACAUUUGUUGAUUUGCUCGGUAAACUGACUGGAGUUUCAACGUGGCUUCGGAAUUUCAAGAAAACGGGGCAAACCUUACCCGAAAAUUGGCUUUGGUUCGAAAGUUGAGUGACGAAAAGCAAUCCUGGCAAUAGUAAUCAUAUCAAACGAACAAUUUGUCAGCCUAGACAAUACUGCAAAUGAACAAAUGUGACCCCAAGAACGAAUAACAGAACGAGAAUUAACUUUCUCUGACUUUCAUGAGACUUUACCACACAUACAUAUGUACAUCUAUUUUUUGUUACUUUUAUUUUUAUAUCGUAUUAUUUUAUAUAACUUAAUUUAAGCUGAAAGUUACGCAUAAGAUGUUAAUUUAUUAAAACCAGAAAAAUCACAAAAAGUGAACACCAACAAUUUUUUUUUCUUUGGAAAAAAUUAUAAAUGAUCAAAAAGUCAUAGAGGAGUGAACUUCGAAAUAACUUUAAUAUCGUGAAUGAGAUUUAGCUUUUUCUAAGUACAUAAAACAAAAGCAAAGAAAACAAACUGAUUAUGUGAAUGCACCAAAUACUAUUUUGUAAGAAGUAGUCCUAAGUUAGUUGAUUGUUUUCUUAGAUAGGGUUCGAUUCAGAUUAUUCCAUCCAGUAGACUAAUAACAGAAAAGAGAGACGGACACAAGAACAAAUACACAAUAUUAAGAGA